GGAUCAGACACAAAGAGGCUGGCGAGGAUCCGGUCAGAGCUACCCCUGAGUCCGGUGCGGGGGGGUCUGGGUAUCCGGUUGGGGGUCUCGGUUUCCGGUGUUGAGGAGCAGAUUGGAGCGCGCGGCAACACACCGGGAACCUGCACCGGGGCUCCUGAAACCAUCAGCCCGCGCAGCGCGCACCCGCGGAGGCAAGGGGAGGAGCUACGCGGGUAUGCGCACCCAGGUCUAGAAUUAUAUGCCCUUGGAUCUCCGUCCUACUUAAGAUGGAGCGUUUGGUAGAGGGAUGUGGGCCAUCGUGCUUCACCUAUCAGGUACGUCAACACAGCUCUGAUGUUCUCAACCAACUCAACCAGCAACGCAAGAGCGGUGGGCGCUUCUGUGAUGUAGUUCUUCGUGUCGGAGAGGAUAGUUUUCCUGCCCACCGUGCUGUUCUAGCUGCCUGCAGUCAGUACUUUGAGUCUGUGCUUGGAGAAACAGAGGGGCCAACUCCCCGGGAGCUUGAGAUGCACACAAUCAGCUCCAAGGUUUUUGGGGAUAUUUUGGACUUUGCAUAUACUGCUCGCAUCAUUAUCAGACUGGAGAGUUUUCCAGAGCUAAUGACGGCUGCCAAAUUCUUGUUAAUGCGCUCAGUUAUUGAUAUUUGCCAAGAGGUCAUCAAGCAGUCCAAUGUUCAAAUCUUGGUACCCCCAACACGACCAGAACUCAUGCUUUUUCGUUCUGGAGCCUCUGACCUUGGAUUUCCAUUGGACAUGACUAAUGGGACUGUUAUGAGUGGCUCAGGUAUUGCAGGGUCCAUAGGGGAUGACGAAGAUGACUCUGUUCGCCCAGGCCCAGCUGUGCCAAGUCAAGCUUCUCUUCUAGCGCUUGGUGGUUCGUCACAAAUUCUACCGUCUCAGUACCAAGUGGGACUACAAGGACUUGGAAGUAAACGAGGCCGUGGCAGGCCGAGAAAGCCUAGCGUUUUAGACUCUGUACUGUUUGGAGCUGUUGGUGGUUUGCGGGAUGGAUUAGUACUUCCUUGUGGACUUUGUGAUAAAGUCUUCACAGAUCCUAUAAGACUGCGCCAACAUGAGGCACAGCAUGGAGUCACAAGCCUGCAGCUGGGUUAUGGAGACCUACAAGCACCUCGUAUUGGAGAGAAUGGGCUCACCCAGGAGGACUCUGGGACCCCUAGAAAAAGGAACCGUGCAAGAAAACAGGUAGCUUGUGAUUUGUGUGGGAAGAUUUUCCGAGAUGUGUACCAUCUGAAUAGACACAAGCUGUCUCACUCUGGAGAGAAGCCUUAUUCUUGUCCUGUAUGUGGACUGCGGUUCAAACGGAAAGACAGAAUGUCCUACCAUGUACGCUCACAUGAUGGUUCGGUUGGGAAGCCCUACAUCUGUCAGAGCUGUGGAAAGGGAUUCUCUCGGCCGGACCAUCUGAAUGGACAUAUAAAACAAGUUCAUACAUCAGAGCGACCCCACAAGUGUGAGACAUGUAAUGCCUCCUUUGCUACACGGGACCGGCUGCGCUCACACUUGGCUUGUCAUGAGGAUAAAGUUCCGUGUCAGGUGUGUGGGAAAUACUUAAGAGCUGCUUAUAUGGCUGAUCAUUUGAAGAAACACAGUGAAGGACCGAGCAACUUCUGCACCAUCUGUAACCGAGGUUUCUCCUCUGCCUCAUACUUAAAAGUCCAUGUAAAAACACAUCAUGGCGCCCUCCUCAGUGCGGGCCCUCACCCGCCGGAGUCCGUCCCAAACGGUGCAGCGCUGUUCCACUGUGUCCGGACCUGUGGCGUGAAAGAGGGGGAUAAAUGUCAGCAUGGGGAACAAGAGAGUUCUGACUCCUACGGUGACCUGUCUGAUGGAAGCGAUCUCAAAUCACCAGAGAAACAGAAUUCUAAUGGAUCAUAUGCAACGUAUGACUUGGUGAUUCCCAAGAAAAUAGAGACCGAACCGGAGAAACGGUAUCCCUGUUCAGAGUGUGGCAGCUUCUUCCGCUCCAAGGCCUAUCUUAAUAAACACAUUCAGAAAGUACAUGCCAGGCCGCUUGGAGCAACCCUGGGUGAUUUAGGGUCAACUUUAGGUCCUGCACUUGGCCCCGCCCUUGGCCCUACGCUGGGUCCAGCCCUUGGGCCUUCUCUUGGUCCAACUCUUGGUGCAUCACUUGGGCCAGCUUUAGGGUCAGCACUAGCAUCUCCUUUCUCUCCACAACAAAACAUGUCCCUAUUGGAGUCAUUUGGUUUCCAAAUUGUACAGUCGGCUUUUGCUUCUUCUCUUGUGGAGCCUGAGGUAGAACAGCAGGGUAUUGGCGGUGAAGGGAAAUAAAAGUGAUACUAGUGAGGAAAAUGGUAGUGCCUAAUUCAUGUAAAAAGCAUUACUGUACAUGAGCCCCCAAAAUAGCUCUACAAAGGACUGGAAGACCCAAUGACCUUGAAAGACAAGCACUUAGCAUUUCUCUAACAUUAUCACUGAUCUCCGAACUGUACAAUGCCUCAUGAACUGAUGGCUCAAUGUGUCGCGGGGGCACCAUGACUAAUUUCUAUGUGAAUGUUUUGUACUCUCCUGGAAACUGAUUAUCAAAAUGCACCACGCUAGACACAUUGUAAUAAACAGAUUCAC